AUGUCCCCAGACCUCGCCUUCCAGCGUCACCCACGAACCCAGCCUGAGGUCUCCCGCCCCCAAAGAGGGCGUUGGGCUGCCCGCCCGGCACCGGGCCGGAGGGCGGUGGCGGCGCGGGGCUUCCGCGUCCGGGUCGCGGCGGUGCCGGGAGGCGGUGCCGGCGCGGCGGGGCUGGGGGACACCAUGGCCUUGCGGUGGUGGUGGCGGAGUGGCGCCUGGUGCCGCCGGGCGCCGCUGCUGGGCUCCGUGCCGAGCCCCUGCCCCCGCGUCCCGCCGGCCCCCAGCGCGGCGAUGUGUCACAUUACCCAAAGAAGUUCAACUUUCUCCUUUCCAAAAAUAUGUAGUAUAUUUUGGCGGUUUCAUCAUACAAGUACAUCCCACUGGUGCAGCUGCAGUAAGACAAUUAGUGAUGAAAAAUACCAAGACCCUUUUCAACUUGGUAGAAAAGACUUGAAGAAUCUCUAUGAAGAUAUUAAAAAGGAAUUGCUGGUCUCUGCAGCAGAACUUAAGGAAAUGUGUGAUUAUUACUUUGAUGGGAAGGGAAAGGCCUUUCGACCAAUGAUUGUGGUGCUAAUGGCUCGGGCUUGCAACAUUCACCAUAAUAAUUCCAAGGAGGUGCAAGCAAGCCAGCGCUCUGUGGCCAUAAUUGCUGAGAUGAUCCAUACAGCCAGUCUAGUUCAUGAUGAUGUCAUUGAUGAUGCAAAUUCUCGCAGAGGAAAAAGGACACUUAAUCAAAUCUGGGGAGAGAGGAAAGCUGUUCUAGCUGGCGACUUCAUCCUCUCAGCUGCUUCUGUAGCUUUAGCACGAAUUGGAAAUACCACUAUCAUCUCUGUUCUAACUCAGGUGAUUGAAGAUCUGGUGCGUGGUGAAUUCCUCCAGCUGGGUUCCAAGGAAAACGAGAAUGAGAGAUUUGCUCACUACCUCGAGAAGACUUUUAAGAAGACGGCGAGUCUGAUAGCAAACAGUUGUAAAGCAGUUUCAAUUCUAGGCUGCCCUGACCCCAAAGUUCAUGAGAUUGCAUACCAGUAUGGAAAAAACGUUGGCAUAGCUUUUCAGUUGAUAGAUGAUGUGCUGGAUUUUACAUCAUGUGCUGACCAUCUGGGGAAACCAACAGCAGCAGAUCUCAAGCUUGGAUUAGCCACAGGCCCUGUCUUAUUUGCUUGUCGACAGUUUCCAGAAAUGAAUGCUAUGAUAAUGAGGAGAUUCAGUAAGCCAGGAGAUGUUGAACGUGCAUGGAAAUACGUGUUGCAGAGUGAUGGUGUGCAGCAAACCACCUACCUCGCCCAGCGCUACUGCCACGCGGCCACGCGCGAGAUCCGCAAGCUGCGGCCGUCCCCCGAGAGAGAGGCCCUGGUGCACCUGACAGAAAUGGUUCUCAUGCGGGACAAGUGAGAGAGCUCCUUCCACUCCUUCUGGCAGCUACUUUACCAGACUGUGCCUACAUUUAUUUCAAAAGUUUUUGCUUCCAACACAAGCCACCAAAAAUUAUUUUUUUAAAAAAAAACCUCCUUUUUUUUUUAAAGUUUUACUUUACUUUCUUUUUUUUUAACUAAAGUUUAAAGUGUUUUACUGAAGGAAGCCAUGCGAUUCAGAGCAAAUCAAACAGUGCUGUACAAUUGUUUUAGUGGGGGCUAUUGAUUGUGGGUGAUGGGGAAGAUGUUUACAUGUUGAUGCACAAAGGCCACAAUGAAAAUAAAUAUAAAUCAGUGUAUGAGAACUGAAGCUGUUCCAAAUUUCACUUGUUUACACUAAUAAAGAGAGCAUGCAUGUACAGGAGCUGGUAAA